CUUUUCCUUUCGAGCUUUCGAUCGGGCUCAUCGGGACGCGCAGGUACUGAUCGAUAACCGGACCAGAAAAUCGUAUGAGCAAUUGAGGAUUGCUGUGAAGAGUCGCGAUGGUGCACGUUGCCGUAUACCGCAACUAUGGGAAGACAUUCAAAAAGCCCCGCAGGCCUUUUGAGAAGGAACGACUCGACGCAGAGUUGAAGCUCGUCGGAGAGUACGGUCUCAGGAACAAGCGUGAGCUCUGGAGAGUGCAGUAUGCAUUGAGCAAGAUUCGCAACAAUGCUAGACAGCUUCUGACUUUGGACGAGAAGAACACCCGUCGUAUUUUUGAGGGAGAGGCUCUUCUGCGUCGUAUGAACAGAUAUGGUCUUCUUGACGAGAGCCAGAGCAAGCUCGAUUACGUGCUGGCUCUUACUGUAGAGAACUUCCUCGAGAGGCGUUUGCAGACUCUCGUUUUUAAGAGUGGUAUGGCUAAGUCCAUUCACCACGCCCGCGUUUUGAUCAAGCAGCGCCACAUCAGGGUUGGCAAGCAAAUUGUCGAUGUCCCUUCCUUUUUAGUACGUGUCGACAGCCAAAAGCACGUCGACUUCGCUCUCUCCAGUCCUCUUGGAGCCGGUAGACCCGGAAGAGUGAAGAGAAGGAACAUGAAGGCUGCUUCGAAGAAGGCUGCCGGCGGUGAUGGUGACGAAGAGGAGGACGAAGAGUAGGGUUUAGGUUAGUCCCAUUUGCCUCCCUUGAGAGUAUAGAUUUUGUCCUGUACGGGACGAAGAGGCCAUUCCGUGUCACUUUUACACAUCAUUGGCAGAAACUCAAUGUCAAUUAUCGGCAUAUCUUUCUGCCUUUCAAGCUCCGUAUUGAUGUUUCUUGAUGAGAAACUAUUGGCGUAGUGACCAGUGCUGCAAACCGCCCAGCGAACUGUGAGUGAGAUCAAUACACAUUUCAGUUUUGUAAGUUUCAUGUCAAAGAACGUGCGAGUCGAGUCAAUCAUCGGAGGCUAUGGCUUUACCCCCGGUUACAGUUUUUUAAAGUACCCCGAUGCACCCAAAGCAUGAGUGAAUUGGCCUUACUUUGCAGAUUUUUCAGCAGGAUUUUGACAUAACAUGCAUCUGGAUUAUAUUUUGUUGAGUAAGUAGGCAUCAAUGAAAUCUAUAUGUCUAGAAUGUGGAGCCCACGAAAUGUUAAGUUACUCCUGAGGUCGUCCGUCCCUGUAGGAUUAUAACAAGCAUGCCUAGUUCAGUGUAACUGGUUCCACAAGAAAAAUUGGACUGUUCGAAG